AGAAAAGCAUCUGAAAUGGCAGCAAAUAACGCGACCUACAACUCGGAUGAGUUGGAUGCUCCCGAAUGGCUCAGUGCUCAGUUCAUGAAAGAAAUCUUGGAUCAACAUCUCAAGAUCCCGCAUCUAAAAGUAAUUGAAGUUAAGUUCUCCCCAGCCAGUGUGAAGGGAGAUCAUUAUGCCAGCGUAAUGUUCCGUGCAGCUGUUAAAUAUGAAACGCCGAAGAGCAAAGAUUCUGACACAAUAUCGCUCAUCAUUAAGACAAUGCCCGAGGAAGAGGGCCUAAAAAAGGAGAUGCUGGGCGAAUCACACAUCUUUGAAACGGAGAUAGCGAUGUACACCGAGGUGCUGCCCAAGUUUGAGAAGAUCCUGCGCGAGGCUGAGGAUGAAACAGCAUUUUGUACCCCAUGCAUCUAUCAUAGCUUGAAGCCCCGUCAGGUAAUGGUCUUUGAGGAUCUAUUGCCUAAAGGAUACUCCGUCUUACGGCGAAAUGCUAACCUUGAGGAGCUCCAAGCAGCACUUACAAAGCUGGCCAAGUGGCACGCAGUCAGCUUCAAGUUGCUCAAGGAACAGCCCAAACAAUUUGGUCACUUAAAAUAUGAUUUGACAACAGUACCAAACAUGCUGGAGCAGGACUUCAUGACUAAAUCGUUGGGACACUUUAUAGAUAUGCUGGGCAAAGAAGCGAGCUUGAAGCCCUUUCAAAAAUACUUCGAGCCGAUGCGUGGAAAGAUAAUCCAGCGUUACGUAGAUGUGGUACGCGAAUAUCGCGAUAAUCGCCAAGAAAAUAGUUAUUAUGUUGUGUGCCAUGGUGACUUUCACCUUCGUAAUAUGAUGUUCAAGGGACUCGACUGCAUGUUGUUGGAUUUCCAGAUGUCCCAUGUGGGAUCUAUGACCAAUGACGUUAUAUAUGCCAUCUACAUGCUGUUUGACGGCGAGAUACAAAGAAAUAACACAGAUGAGCUCAUCUUCAGCUACUUCCAAGCCUUUCUGAGCACCUUAAAGAAUAUUGGCUAUCAGGAUAAAUUGCCCAAUUUGAUAGAGUUCCGACGGCAAAUGUUUCAAAACCGUUAUUUGGAUUUUCUCCUGCUGACCACCUUUCAACCUUUGAUUAUAAGUAUGCGCCAAGGCGCCGAUCCUGGAGAAGUCGUAGAGGACGAACAAAUGACUAGUCAGAUUUACUAUCAAACGGAAUACAUCGAUAAUCUGAAGGUCAUACUCCCGCGAAUGCUGCAUCUGGGCUACUUUGAGCCACUUUAAAUGUGACGGGUAUAUAUAAAACAUGACUAGAAUUCCAUUUGUAGUGUUUACCUUCAACUGUGCAUAUUUUAACGUGUAGAGCAUUAUAAUUACGUGGAAACAUUGAAUAACCUCAUAGUGGACAGUUAUCUAUUAGCAA